AUCAAUGGCGAACGACGAAGAGAAAAAGCUAUUUAUCGAUUCGUUCUGCACGAACGUACAAAAUCCUGAUCGUUCGGUUCGCCAACGUGCCCUCAAGCAGUUUGCCGGGGAUUUUCUGCCGAAACAACCAGCCACAGCCUAUUCCGCGCUGUUUGAUGCCACCUAUUUGCACCUGCUUCGUUGCUACAGUGACCGGUUCGAAUCUAUCAGGACGCAGGCGGUGGAAACGAUCGAUCUCAUGCUGUCCAGACUGCCGGCGAACGAUUUUUAUCUCGGCUAUAUCGUCCCGGUGCUCGCCAAGCGAAUUGGCCAGGCGGAGAUCAUUGAAGAUAGCGAAGAGCUACGCCACCUGCUACUGGAACAGCUCGAGCGAUUGGUGCAAAUGUAUCGCGAUCCGGACGGCACGGCUGGUGAUCCACUGCUGAAAGUGUUUGACGAAAUCGUCGAUAUCCUUAUCAAAACAUUACGAGAUCCUUAUCCGGCCGCACAGAAAAAAAGCUGCGAGAUAGUUAUGGCUCUCGGGACGGCGACACCGAGCUUACAUUACCGUGCGGAGGCGCUAGUCGCACCGGCGAAGACGGUUCUAUCACACCGUCAUUCCGCAAAUCGGAUAGUGGCUGUUGAAACGCUCGGAUUGCUAUCGCUGCAUAUCCUCUCGAAUGGAGACCGUAUAUCGGAGAUCAUCAUGGCCAUCUCGCCCUUACUGAUGGAUGAUGUACCGUACGUUAGGCGUGCCUGUGGACGAGUUGGAUGUCUGAUGUUGAUGAAGUUACGCGAUCGCUAUUCAUUCUUCCACCGUAUCUUGCCUUUGGUGUUGAAUUGCCUAACCGACGACACAGCCGAGGUGCGCGAUGAUAUCCUGGCCCGUUGGAAGGAAGCUGGUGAGCUGUAUUAUCUCGAAAAUGAAACGGAACUUUCUAAAGUCGCUCUGAUCGAGAAACUUCCCGAAGGAUAUCCGAUUGAUCGCUACACACGGCCUACUCUCGCCUGCCGCGCCAUCGUCCAGCGUAGCCUGCGUGUAGUUACCUUGGUACUGCGUGAGAUGGAAGAAUGGAAGGAAAAUAUUCGGUUACACGCGACUAAGCUUUUGAAGCAGAUCGUUCUGCAUGCAGAAGGUUCCUUUGCUACGCUGUACGCAGAGGUGAAUCCCGUGCUGGCGAAGGCUUGUAUGGAUUCGGACAAGUCCAUCGUCACGGAGGCAUUGAGCGUGUGUGAGUUGCUAGGGAUACUGUUGGAGUACGACACGUGGAGUAAGCAUGUGCUGCUUGAGUUCCGGAAGUUCCCAUGCCUCGGACAGCUGCGCUGCAUACGCGCACUUUACGCUCAUUGCGGCCAGUGUGAGCUGAAGCAAAAGGACAUCAAACUGUUCGCGGCCCUUCUUCUCGAUGUAGACGUUUGUCAUAAUCAGAAGGAGGACUAUCAGCACGAACUGUUGGAGUUUUGCGAAGUACUGGUGAUCGAUAGUCUGAAGGGACGUGAUCUCACGGCAAUGUUGGAAGAAAUUACGGUUAGCGAUGGUGGGGAUAGUGAGGAACAAUCGUUAGAAAGGAUGCUGUACACCGUCGUACUGAAGGUUGUUGCCUUUUGUUACGAAUCGAAGGAGACCAUUCGUGAGAAAGGACUGAAUGUAUUGAACCGCUUGGAUACCGAUAUCGAUAAACUACACGAAAUGCAUCUGGCUAGUGUUCUUGGCCGGAUCGGGCAUUUGGAAAGCGAACAUUCCGAUGCAAGCACUAGCCUUAUGCUGCUGUGUGGGAUUGUUUCAAUUUGCCGCUUUCAGGGAUCAUACUUUGAACCAUUGCGACAGACACUUGAGAAGGCCUUGUCUCAUGCGGCUCCGGAAGGAAAAGUCAAACUGUUUAGUGCAAUUUCCGUCGCAAUUCUAGGAUGGAAUGAGAAGAAUAACCAAGCGAUAGACGUUCAGCUAUCAUUACUGAAACCUUUUAUCGGUGUACUUAUUGCUCCAUACCUUGUUUGGGCUGCCGGAAGAAGCGCCGAAUCGAUUCGAGCAAUGGCAACUGCAUGCUUUGCCUCGUUGGCUCAAGGAGUGAACGUUGAUGUAUAUGCUGCAUUACUGCCCGGAUAUCUUAACGUCUUGGCUGGCCUUAUCGAGGAUAACAAUAUUGCUACUCGCGUCUACACGCUCAAGGCAUUGCUGCGCCUCGAGCCGUUAGAUUUGGAAUCGCUGAAGCUGCUGGCAUUUCCCAUCAUGUCGCGUCUGGACGAUCCCAGCGCCGAAGUACGCGAACUGGCCGCCAUCUGUCUCGGUUCGCUGAAGCUCAAAUCCCUCGCGGACGCAGAUGAGGGAACGUUCGACCGAUGGCAGGAGAUACUGAAGCAGAUUGUGUCGGUGAUGAUGCUGCAUCUCGAGCAUCCGGAAAUCAAACUGCGGUCGGCCAUAUUCGUUUCGAUGAAGCGGCUGUACGCUGACAACCGGGAGCUAAUCAGCCGCUUGGCUAAUGAAGUACCAUCGGGAUGCUCGUACAAGAAGGAUCUCCACCGCAUCACCGGCACUGCUGUCGAUGAACAGUAGACAAGAAGUGACCACCACCAUAACGCUGGGGCAUCCCAUUUCUCCCGCUUAGUAACAUCUCGAUUCAUUCCGUUUCGUCCGCAUGAUGCCGACCGAGCCGACAAUGGCUGCAGGAGAUAAUUGUUUCAAUUCCCCCCGGCAGACGGUCUUGCCAUCCUCGGGUUCGGGUUUGUGUUCCUUCAAUGGUACUUUUGUUCUCCUUUUUUGUGUGUCCAUUGGAUGUCCGGUUUCACUCACUGCACGAUGCACGCUGACUGGUGAUGAAAUCAAUCAGAAGAGCAUUAUAUUCCCGCGGGGUCCGGGAUUCUCUCAGAUACGAUGUAAUAGUAUGAGCCGCUACAAGACUCUUUGCUGCAUCUUCCAUUUCAGCGCCGUUGAGA